UCGAUUUUUUAGUUGGAACUACCUAUACAUCCUUUACUCGCUCAUUCAUUCAUUCCAUUGAUUUUGCUGAUUCAUUUAAUACUUCGAGUUUCCUUUGCCUUUUCUUUCGCAAUUGAGGAUUGAUAUACAUACAGUGCAGGCACUAUUUCUUAGGUAUCAUUGAUUUUGAUCGAUUGCUUGUUUGUAUUUCUUACGCUAUUUCAUUUAUCUGGUUCUGUUGCUAUCUUUGCACAAUAGCAUACUCCUGGAUAUUAGAUCCUAUUGUUUCAUUAAAAUAUCACGAAAACCGCCGUCUUCUUGACGUUGAAAUAUCCAUCAUGGUCGACAGAAAACAUGUUAGAAAAUCGAGGAGUCAGGGGUAUUUUCAUCGAAAAAGACCAGAUGAGAUAUAUAUCCAAAAUGCUCAUAGUCAUAUAUUUUCAUACGCCAACAUGGAAGGCGUCAUGCCAACACCCGAACUCCUUUGUGAAGUUGAUGAAAGAGAAAACACCACAUUUCCCCGAACUCCAGAUAAUGAGGCCUCAUCACCCCGGAACUUUUUUCUCGAAAAACCACCAGUGAAUUGGAAAUCAGAGGAAACACCUAUCUCUCCUGGUGUGACGGUAUUAUUGAGUCCGGCGUAUGGGGCUGAGAAUGGUGAUUUGAAUGUUAUGGAGUUUUUCCAGGCAGCGACCUACCCAGGGUCACGAGCGGUGCGAAUUACUUCAGAAAAGUCACGAGAUAUGCCCGUCUCUCGAAAUGCAAAUAAGAAGAAAAAUUCAUCCAAAGUUGGGCUUCCAUCGCCCAAAACCCCUAAAGCUUGGCCUUCGAUCGUGGAGCCUGAUAUUGAUACUCUUCCUUCGCCGGAAGUAAUUGAAAAAAAUAUACUAGGAGCUCGUCUGAAACUUUCUAGACGGGAAACUUCAACUGAGAAGUCUGUAGAUUUUGGACAAACUCAACGUCGUAUGACUGACAAUCCGCCUGAGGCAUAUCUCGUGGCACCAAGGCACAUGUCAGGGCGGAAACAGACGGGCUCGCCAUCUCCGGACACAAGGAAUGCUCGUAGCCAAAAUAAUCUGCUAGAGCCAACAUUAGCGGCCAGCGGAACCAUUUCAAGGACGCCUAGUCCAGGAUUUGAUUUUGACGAUUCGGAAAUCACAGAUAUCGAAAGCGGUGACGAGUUUGAAGAGACACGCAACGAGAGAUUGAGUAGAUGUGAAACAUUAUCAAGUCAAGAUUUUCAUAGUCCAAUGUUCGACAAGCCUCCAAAGCCAUUGGAAAAAGAUUGGAAGUUCCGUCUUCAAGAAGAAUGUGCUAUGGGUACUCUUGGUGCCUUAGAGUCACCUUCGAUGUUCUCAUCUGCUAGCCAAGCUCCUCGGAAAAUAUCCAAGUCGACAAAUAGAAGGCUCGGCGAGAUUGAAUUACCGAAUUACAAUACCGAAUAUUCAAAGAGUUACACAAAGGGCAUACACACAACUCGUCCUCGUCAAACCAGUACAGAAUCAACACGCUCUCAAACUUCACCUAUCAUACCACCACCUCGGAGAAACAGUCCACCUAUCAUGGCACCAAUUCAUCGAGACCAGAGUGAAGAAAAAGGAGCAUCAUUUGAACCAGAAUCCCGUACACCGAGAACUGUAGUGUCGAAUUGGCUCACGAGUAUGUCUUCUAACGCUGGACGUAAGGAACAAUCGCGAGAGCAUGAUGUUUUUUGGAAAAAAAGUCGAAGUUGGGGUCGGAAGACGAAGCCUAAAUUGGAAGGCUGGAUUUAAUAAUGUGUAGGCGGGGAGCAUACUAUUGGGUAGUUUUGGUGGGGGCGUACUCUAACAUUGACGUGUCGAUGGACGGAGAUAAUCGAAAUUGUUAAUGAAUGUCUAGGCUCCUGAAAACUUUAAUGGAGAGCAUUGUGGAGAGAAAGCUAAUAUGUCAAAUUGUAAGGCUUUUCAUAGGGAAGCUCGGGAAUGGGGGAAUGGAGAAGAGGCUGGAUAGUACCCAGUGAAUUCUUAAUGAUACCAGUUGUUGUUCAUUCCUCAUUGUGCUUAGUUGACUCUUGUGACUCCAAGUACUUCUUAACGUCAAAAUGACUAGGCAUGCGCGCGGCUGCUCGCUGUCACUACCAGCUAAAUUUCUAGACCUUCUUGACAAGUAAUAAUGUUAUAUCAUACUCGCAUACUCUGUCGCUCUGGCCUCUGUUUCGUGCUGUUCGUGAAACCCUUCACGAAUCUUGUAUUUGCUCGUAAAACAGACAAAUGAUAAAUGCCCAUCAUGAAAAUAAGAGUAAAUGGACAACUUGAUGCUCUAAAAAAAUGCAAAUAAAGCGGGGCAUUGCGAAUACACCCCGGUUCCAUCAGCGGCACAGCACAGCACAGCACAGAGCACAG